AGGAGGUGGACCCGCGAGCGGCAUUACCCAGCGCCGCAGUUGUGGGUUCAGUGCAGCGCAGAGCAGAGUGGCAGCCGGAGAUGCUCCACGCACUGGCGUGAGGAGCGGGCAGCAGCGGCGCGAUGGAGCGGGCCAGGGACCGCUUACACCUGAGACGCACGACAGAACAGCACGUGCCAGAGGUGGAAGUUCAAGUCAAACGCAGAAGGACAGCCUCACUGAGCAACCAAGAGUGUCAGUUGUACCAGAGGCGAUCUCAGCAGCAGCAAGUACCUGUGGUGGAUUUCCAGGCAGAACUGAGACAGGCCUUCUUAGCUGAGACACCAAGAGGCGGUUAAAGCAGUGUUGAAACAUCAAGGUAGCUGAUUCCAAGCGAAACUCAGGCUGCAUCUACUGUUUGAAGCUUCUGCCCAGCUUGCAUUGUUAGUAGGAGAACCUGCAUCAUACCUUUAUCUGUAGCCUUCCCCUAGGUCUUAAGGAUCCAGAAAGUUUACUGAGGAUACUGGAUUUGGUGGAACAGCAA